ACAUUCCAGCAUUUACAUUUUAAAUUUCAUAAUUAUUCACUUAUAGUGUAGUUAAGUCUGCUUCCCUCCAUAUUAUUCUACUACGACAUUUAAUUAAGAAUUGUUUAAUCUUUAACUCCACUAUCUCAAUACUUGACCGCUUUGAUCUCUAUCGGAUUUCACUUUACAUGAUAAAUUAGUUAGAUUUAGAUGAUAAAUAAAAGCGAUGAUAUCGGUAACUUCAUUUUAUACAAGUACCUUAGUAUAAUUUGUAGUAGGCCUGUAUAUUUUAAAAAGCCAAAUAAAAUGUAUUGCAUUUUCUACAAUCCAUAUCUCUUGUAGACUUUUUAUUAAUUGGUAAAAUAAAUCACCAUCCUAUUUACGCAAUUUUAACCACUAGAAGUCUAUAUAUGUGGUACAAGUCCCCAACCAUUAUAUUUUAUUAUUUUUGUUUUCUGUUUGUAUUCAUUUUUAGAAACUCUGUUAAGGGCUAACUGUGGCCAAAAUAUAGAAACAUAUGGGUUUAUCAUGUCAUCACAUUCUACUCAGGGUCAGUUUGACUAUUUCAACCGAAGUGUCGACUGUUCAUAUAGGGUCACGGCUAUGGCGGACUUCACUAAAGUUAUGAUCGACUUCAGGUGGUUUGAUAUCUCGGAAAGGUAUGGCGAUAAUACAAACUGCUCUCAUGCCUCGUUAUGGUUAUAUGAUGGUACGUCCUCCGGAUCGCCAGUGUUGUUGGAGAACCAUUGCGGCACCGUCAGACCAAGCGUGAUAGAAUCAACGGGAACCAGCAUGACGAUCCGCGUGGUAUCUGAUGGCGAUUGGAGUGUAAUCGACUUCAGAGCAGUUUUUACGGUUAUUUCCACAAUGGUUGUUCCCAAUAACAAUUACACCGAAUGCUUGAAGUUCUUUCUGUUGAAAGUUGAACGCGUUCCUAAUCUUUUUCGACAUAUCUUCACAGCAACCGACUGUAUGUCGUCUGAUUUUAUGUGCAGCACAACAGCUCGCUGCAUAUCAAAGGAAGUUACGUGUGACAGACAAAACAUCUCGAACUGUGGAGGAGAAGAUUACAGUGACCAGUCCGAUAACUCGCCUUCAUUCUGUCCAGUAAACGAACCAGCAAAUUUAGUACCUCUUUGGAUUUCUCUAGCAGUUCUGGGUGCGUUAUCUCCCUUCAUCCUUUACUGGUGUUUCUGGAGACCUGGAUAUCUCACAUGGAUCUGCGGAUGCUGUCGCAGACGUCGCUGCUCCAACAAUCGAUGUUCUUGUUGCACGAAACAUAGUAAAUUCUUCUGUCAGUUCGUUUUCUCGGGAGCGUUUUGUGUCGGGUGUGAUUGCAGUGAUGACUCUCACCAAAAUGAGAGAAAAGAUUCAGCAAAGAGACAUGACUCAAAGACACCAAAGAGCACACGUGAAGCCACAACUCUUAGCAAUGUAUUUAUUGUAGUGGAUUCCGAUAAUGAAAGUCUCCGUAAAAUUAAACCAAACGGUUCUACGAAGGGUGUCUUUCUUGACGAUACAGGUUCACUAAUUGUGUUGAGUAAUAUUGAAAAGACACCAUUACAGAAUGAAAGCGCAUCAACAACGAAUGAGCCUGAAAUUAAGACAGACAACAGCAAGCCCAGAGACAAUCAUAAGCUUAGCAAUCCCAAAAAUGGACUAGACAGGCCUGGUCUAGGGCGAAGAGGUAGAGUUAUGUACGAACCGGAAAGUGCAAGCGCUUCUAACAGUCCACAGUUUCAUCGGCGCCCACCUUACCGAAUUUCGCCGAUGCCUCCCCAAACGCCAGAUAGACACUCAGAAACUAAUUCUCCAGAUGGAAGCUUUCCUUCCUCUCAAAGUUUACCAUCAACAUUGGCGUUCUCUAGCUCUAACUCAACACCGACCACUGGAAAAAGAAUUAUGCCGCCUAAACGAGGCGUCUUUUUAGCCCAGGCGCCACUUCUGUUAGAUGAUGAACUUGAAAAUGGAGCUGGCGGCCAUGUUCGCGAAGGUCGAUGAUGUUCGUUUAUUGCAUGUAAAAUUUAUGAUUGUUUGGUACCGUACUUAGUAUUAUAAUAUAUUAUAUUCAACAAGCUAUACAACAGAAUAAUAACUAUUGUGUCGAGCAUGUCUACCAUGUUAGGCAUAUAUGAUUUUGAAGUAUGUAACAGAGAGGUAAUGUUCCUGGCUUUUAAUCGAGAUAUCUGGGUUCGAGCAAAACCAGAGUCUAGUGACGCUAGUGUGGUCCGGGAGGGGGAGGGGGCCCGUCGGGACCUGGACCCCCACAUUGACCCCCCUGUUGGGGAAUUUCCAGCAAGGUCGUCGGAGAAGAAUCAAAUCUGGAGUGCCGGAAGUACAAUUUAAGCAUGCCUUAGGGCUAAGUUGUCAAAUUUUAGGCAUUGAAAACUGUUUAGUGCGAGCAGUGCUACCGUAUGUGCGAGGUGUUGUAUCUUAUUACGACCCCAUAGAUUGCAGUGGUGGCGCCAGCUCUUUCCGAGAGGGUGAUGGUACCUCCGACAGGGGUCUAGUAGUACCCCCGACAGGGGGACUCUUAACUUGCAGGGUUCUCUAUAAAAUUAUCUUUUAAAUAAAGAAUUCAAUAAUUAACACACGAUUUUAUUAUUUUUUAAUAACAAAAUUCCCCAACAAAUUAUUUUUUUCCACGACGGGGGGAGGGGGUCUAGGCUUUCCUGCCCGGGGUAGACCCCUGGUCGGGGAAUUUCUGGUCCGCCAAUGUCUCCCCCCCCCCCUUGAAAGGCCUAGGUGUUGCGAGGCAUCAGCGUUCGGUUUGGCUUCGCUAGCCCAUCCCUCCCUCUCUCUCCCCAGAGUACACAUGGAUAGUUGGUAUACAGGGUGGUAUCUAGCUGCAAAUGCAUGUAAUACGCUCCCAGGAGAAGCCAUAUGUUUUCUUUAAGUGUUUGAUCAAAUAUCCGGGAUAAUAAUGUGAAGCGCAUAAAGACCUUAUGAAACGCUAUGAGAAUGACAUAUACUAUUAUGAUGUUUGUUUAAUUAUUAUUAUUUUAACAAAGUUAUCCGGAAUCCAAGUCCAGUAUGCCAAUUUAAGAACAAUCCGAAAGUAUUUGUUUACUUAUCAGCAAUAUAACCGUUUAUUGGUAUAAAUAUAGACAUAAUUUUAUUAUAAUAUUUUAUAGGCCUAACUUUAUUUAAAUCCGUAGAAUUUAAUUUCUAAUGUAUGAAAUAUAUAUUAAAGAAUUUAAAACCAUAUUUAUCGUCAGGUGUUUUUGUUUCAAUAAGUUUUUUUUUCACAGGCAGAUUCAAAUGCAAUAUUCGGUCUUAGGCCUAUUAGGCAUUAUGUAAUAGUUGUUGGCGCUUAGCCUAUAUUAAAGGUUACUGUGCAAUAUUGGCAAUACGAAGAACGAAGAAAGUUUGUCCUAAUAAUAAUAAUAAUAAUAAUAAUAAUAAUGAUAAAAUAAUAAUAAUAAUAAUAAUAAUAAUAAUAAUAAUAAUAAUAAUAAUAAUAAUAAUACAGUAAUAAUAAUAAUAAUGUGAAAAUAGAAAUAAAACAUAAAUGGCCACAUAUGUGUUAAUGGAACACUAAACAAUGUUACAGAGAGGAAUGUCUUGAUAAAUGUUAAGAUGAAUUAGAAAUGGUACUACUAAUAAUCGUCUGUUAAGAAAGUCACAAAAUACUUGUUGUGUUCUUGUAGUUCAAUGUUUUCAGACGUUAUAUAAUCGAACCUAACUACACCUAUUAGCCCUACUAUUAAAAUUAGUAUUGUAUUAGGCUUAGAUAUUAUUAUUAUUAGUAGUAGUAGUAGUAGUAGUAGUAGUAUCACGGUACUAUUAAUAUCAUUACAUCAUUAGACAAAAUAUAUUAAAAAUUAUAUGUCAUUGUUAUUAAUAUUUUAAUUGGUGAGUCGUUGGAAAUAGCUGUGGUACUUUAAUGUGUUCUAAUACUGUAUAUUCCGUUUACUGAGUGUUCUCGCUACUACAGAAACUUGGUUUCCAUAGGUACGUGUAAACCUUUGAAUCACAAUAAUUGCGUGCGCUUUCUCCGUUUUUCAGUAUUUGACGUUCAUCAGUGGUUUCUUAAACAAACUAUGAGUUCACUGUCCCAUCGUGUGAAUUGUUGUUAUAUUCUCAUUGAACAACUUAACAAUAGAUAAUUCCGGUAACAAGGUCAUUGCCUGGGGGCUUUAAAACUUGCGACAAAUUAUAUCACACAAGAAGGAUGAUAUUGCCAUAGGUUAUGGUGGUUUUGAUAAUUAUAUUCAAACAUUUCAUAACUGUUACUCAUACGUACCUAAAUAAUAAGCCGGUCCUAGUUGAAGUUUAGUUAAUUUGAAUAAAUACAAGUUUGAAUUUGACAAUAGUGCUACGUUUUGAGAUUGAGGUUGUAUUGUGACGGUUGCUAUGUGGUAACAACUGGCUGUACGAAGAAUGUUAAUAAUUGCAUGCCCCUUCAUAAUGGGUACUUGAUAGGAUCUAUAGCCGCAGUCACUUCUGAACAUAAUGAAAAGGAAACCUUUGCUGGGUGCGUGCGAAAUUCUGGGUCAAUGCCAAAAAUUGCUGCUCAGUGAAUCCGAAUUCAAAUAAAACGUUACUGCGCGGACUACGGAUAAGAAGAUAUGAAUUUGACGUCCAAAAUGAUGCAUUAAUAAUAGUUAAUGCUGGAAAAACUAAACAGUUUACAACUUCGGAUAGGAUGAUUCGUCUAC